AUGAAGGAGCUUACAUUUUUCUUCCCAGAUGGCUUUGCAGCUCUCCUUGCUGUGGCAGCGCAGUGCUGGAGGCUGACACACAUAUAUCCAACUGAACUAGAGUCAGAUUUAACUACCUGCUCUGUGCUGCAUGUGUUUGUGUCCCAGCUCUCAUCUGCACUGCUGUUUGAUGCCGUACACACAGUAGUUGCGGCUGUACAGGAGCUGAACCGCAGCCAGAACGUGGGGGCAACUCAGCUCUCUUGCAAGUCCUCCAAGAUCUGGGAGCACGGCACCAGCCUGAUGAACUACUUGAGGAUGGUAGAAUUGGAAGGUCUAACAGGCCACAUCGAGUUCAACAGCAGGGGCCAGCGCUCUAACUAUGCCCUGCGCAUCAUGCAGAACAGCAGGGAUGGCCUAAGGCAGGUAAAGUAGUUCUCCCACUUACGUCCUUCUCAGUUGCUGGUAUACACCAUUGUGCUUUUGUUUUCUCUCUCAUAGCAGGAAUUUAGCAUGCUUCAGCACUCCCAAAUGCCACAUUGAGCAGCCAUACGGUACUGUGAGGAGCCUUAUUGACCUGCUUCACUUGUGUUUACUGACUCAAAACAUCUCUUUUACUCCCCAAUAUCAGCAUGUGUCUAACAGGUCGGCUGGUUAUGAGGAUUGUCUGACCUGCAGAGACAGUGGAGGUGAACACACCCAUAUCAUUCUCUCUAAUUAUCUUGGCAGUCUGGAAUUAGCUCUCUUAAAGCAGUUAAUUUUUUUUUGUUGUUGUUGGCUUUGACAAUAAUGGCGGCAUCCUGUUGACCCUUAGACAACGGCUG